UGGGGUAGCUUUUUUGGAAGGGGUGCCUACUGUGAUGUCCUCCUUAACAGGACAUAGGAGCGGGGACUAGUGGUUGGACGAGUUGUGGUACAUUGUUCUAUGAUUCACCUGAGGCUCGAGUGUAUAUGUACUUCAUUUCAAUCCAGACAUUCUAUCGCUUGGGUGGUUUGAUUCUAUUUCUUUAACAAGUCCACACAAAAGGCAUUCUCAAUCCAGAGGCAGUCAUGGUGUCACCAGACAUUUCCCAAAACAACCAGUCAAAUUAUAAAACCUUCGCCUGCCCUUGGACGAGCCACCGUACACCUCUAAUGGCCAAGUUUAAGAAGAUGAACGUUGCGCCGCGCACAAGGUUCGGCUGGGGGCGCUUCACACCUGGGUUCCUCCAGGUCUUCAACUCACCACGAUGGCUUCUGGUCUUCAUGUGCAUAGGAGCUGCGCUGGCAGCCGCCAUCACAUAUGGGUUCGUGCCGAUCAUCCUGUCGACCCUGGAGACCCUGUUCAGCCUGUCCAGCAAACAGAGCGCCGGGCUGGCCAUCACUUACGACAUCUUCGGCGUUAUGUUCAUACCCUUCAUCACGUACUAUGGAGGCAUGCGAGCCGCAAACAAGGUACGUUGGAACAUGCCGCCGAGCACGUUUGGUUCUGGUUAA